AUGCCUCUCUACCAACCCCCCGACGUAAACCGCAACGUCCUCUCCCAAUUCUCACUCAAAGGCAAAGUCGCCGCCGUCACCGGCGGUGCCAGGGGCAUUGGGCUGGAGAUAGUCCGCGGCCUCGCCGAAGCCGGUGCAGACGUUGCCCUGAUCUACAGCAGCAAUGCGUCGGCCAACGAGUCUGCCGCUGCAAUUGCCGCUGCGAAUGGUGUCCGGGUCCAAGCCUACAAAUCGGACGUCACGACGCGCAGUACCAUUGCCGCAACCAUGGACCAGGUCCUGCAGGAGUUUGGGGCGCUGGACGUUGUCGUUGCAAACGCGGGUGUUUGUACCAACUGCCCGAACCUGGAGUACACGGAGGAGACGUGGAGGAGGGAUAAUGCGGUGAACUAUGAUGGGGUUAUGUGGACUGCGCAGGCUGCUGGGAGGAUUUUCAAGGAAAAGGGGAAGGGGAAUUUGAUUAUCACUGCGUCGGUUAGUGCCACGCUGGUGAAUAUCCCCCAGACGCAGGUCGCGUAUAAUGCGUCCAAGGCCGCGGCGGUGCAUCUGGCGAAGAGUUUAGCGGUGGAGUGGGCGGACUUUGCUCGUGUGAACUGCAUUUCGCCUGGGUUUAUUAUGACGGAGAUGCUCACGCAGCAGCCAAAAGAGCUGUUUGACAAGUGGUUGUCCAUGAUUCCCGGCCGGAGAAUCUGCGAUCCUGCUGAACUCAAAGGGGCCUAUGUAUUCCUGGCGAGUGACGCAUGCUGCUAUAUGACGGGGGCCGACUUGAUUAUUGACGGGGGCUACACUCUUCCUUAG